AGGUAUUUAUGUAAAAACGGAGGGAGUAUUUCAUUUAAGGGCGGAAAUGACUUUACUAUCUCGGGGACAAUGAGCCCAAUCCUAGGUAGCUGUCUAUCACCUCCCCAAAAAUCAAGCAUAUGCCUUUAUUUUAUGUGAAUUCCAUUUUUGCUUGAACACAAGCAUCCUUGUUUUAUAUACGUAGUAUCUGAAAAAAUAGUCAUUUAAUUUCCACCCCUAUAAAAAAUUGACACUUUUCCUUUCUUUUUUUUUUUUUUUAGUUUUUUUGAUAAAAAUUGACACUUUUUUUUAGUUAAACUAGCAAUUCUAGCAUUCUCCAAAUGAUGGCCCCCAUGUCAGAAUUUGAACGUAUUGAUGGCUCAAAUGGCAAAUAGACGGGUAGGUGGGAUGAGAAUUUUUAAUUAUUUUUAUCGACAAAAAUACGUCGUUUUUGUUUGAUUUAAUUUCUUUUUCUGCCUCUCAUUUUUAUGUGAUCAAAGAAAAGUAAAAGGAGAUCGCAAUCUUUGCAGAAAAAAAUAAUUAAGAGGAAGAACAACCCAAUUACAAAAAUUCAAAGAAGAAUUAGCUUCUGUAACUUCUGGUCAUCUAAUUUCCAUUUUUGUUUCUUGUAAAGAAGUUAAUCAUUCAGAUUUUCUCUCAAAUUUUGAGCUGGGUUUGUAAGAAUUCGAUCCAAAUCCCCAACAUCCCAAGAAAUUGUUUUUUUUUUUUUUUUUUUUUUUUUUGAAAUUUGGGGUUGCUUAGGGUGUGGGAUUGAAUUAUUAGAAAAGAAGCUGAAAUUUAAUCUGGGGUUUGUGUAUUUUAGAGGAUCAUGAUACAUGGUAAAUCAAAAUCGUUGUUGUUUUGAUUGUUAUUGUGAUUGUUGCUGUUUUGGGGAGCAAUGUAUAGCAGUAAUUUGAAGGGGGUGAUACUGGCAUGUGUGUCAAGUGCCUUCAUUGGGUCUAGUUUCAUCAUCAAGAAAAAGGGUCUUAAGCGGGCCGGUGUCGCGGGCCCUCGGGCUGGUAAUGGUGGGUAUGGCUACUUGAUGGAGCCCCUUUGGUGGGUUGGAAUGGGCACUAUGAUUGUUGGAGAAAUUGCUAAUUUUAUUGCUUACAUUUAUGCACCCGCUGUGCUGGUGACACCACUUGGUGCAUUGAGUAUAAUUGUUAGUGCGGUGUUAGCCCAUUGUAUAUUGGACGAAAAACUGCAGAAGAUGGGGAUGCUUGGGUGUCUUCUCUGCAUAGUAGGCUCUGUUGUCAUUGUGCUUCAUGCACCAGGGGAACGUUCAAUGGAUUCUGUUGAUGAGAUAUGGGCAUUAGCUAUUCAACCAGCAUUUUUGUUAUAUACGGCAUCAGUUGUAGCCGUAGCAUUGGUACUGAUCAUGUAUUGUGCUCCUCGAUAUGGUCAAACCAAUAUAUUGAUUUUUAUAGGCAUAUGUUCGAUUAUUGGAUCUCUGACAGUAAUGAGUGUGAAGGCCAUUGGUAUUGCAAUAAAACUUACUUUGGAUGGGGCUAACCAAUUCAAAUACUUACAUGCAUGGAUUUUUGCGAUGGUUUCAGUUACGUGUAUCAUUAUACAAUUAAAUUAUCUCAACAUGGCACUUGAUACAUUCAAUACGGCAGUGGUCUCUCCUAUCUAUUAUGCACUGUUCACAUCAUUUACGAUUCUUGCUAGUGCAAUUAUGUUCCAGGAUUAUUAUGGUCAAAGUAUAAGCAGCAUUGCAUCCGAGCUUUGUGGAUUUAUCACUGUGCUAUCAGGAACUACAAUCUUACAUAGUACAAGAGAGCCUGAUCAGCCGUUCAUUACAGAUUUAUAUACACCACUCUCUCCAAAAGUAUCAUGGCAUCUGCAAAGUAAUGGAGAGCUCUGGAAGCAAAGGGAUGAAGAUGAUCCACCUUCUAACUGUAUCUCAAUCAUCCGGCAAGAUUACUUCAAUUAGGUUGAAUUUUGUUGAACUAAGUUUUGCAUUUACGGGUUGUCCCACCCCUCAGAGAUGCAGCUUCCCUGUACAGGAAGCAUAAUGCGUGAUUUUGGAGAACCUCCGACGAGACAUGUAAUGCAGUUUGAUCAUAUACAUGCUUGUGUCAGUUGUAUAAGAUGCAGAGCUAUGCAUAUUGGUUUGAGCUCAAAUUUUUUCACAAGCUGCUCUUCUCAGCGGGUCAUUGUAUUCUCUCUUGUGCAAAUAGGUCACUAACUAAUUAUUUAUACUGUUUAUGGCUUAUCCACCAAUUUAGCAUUAGUCCAUGGUGGUAUGCUCUUGUAAAAUUUGACUGUGCUAUAUUUUGGAGGUAGAAGCAAAAAUUUACCCCUUAAUUCUUUCUACAGACUGUUUAAAGUAACACAACCAAAUUUAUUAGCGUAGCAAAUAAUCAAUUUGAUGUGAAGAACUUCAUUCGAAGAAUUUUGGAAAA